AUAUUUAAAGCAACACAACAUAUACUCGAGGAAUCUGCUAUCAUGGUCAAUGUUCCCGGAAAGCAGGACGCCCAAAGCGUUCAGUACAUGGAGUACUCCCGUCAAAUCAGAGCUAUGAUUGUUCCGGGAGCUAUCCAGCUCUGCUCCGGGUCAAUCGGAUUACGCAUUUUUCGGGUCGGGAUCAGCCCCUUUGCUUCCAAUCCCGGGUAAAGGCUCGCUUACGGAAGUUGGAGCCCAUUCGAGGGGAAGAAGACCCUGGAGUCGACGAGCUCAGCUCCUAUCCGCAGAGAUCAUUUGGUGAGCACCACAAGCUCUGUCCUACCCCAGAGUCCCGAAUAUACGGUUCAGAUUUACCCCAGAUUUUGGGAUGGGGUUCAUGGGGUAGCUAGACACUUGAGCCUCCAAGUCUCUUUUCAUGCCUUUAUAAGGCUACCUUUCCUUUAUUUCUUUUAUAUCUACCCCAAUGUCUGCUUUUGAAAUUACAGCUUCUCCUGUCAUAGCGACACCUGUCCCAAUCGUCCCCGCAAACCGUUAUGUCCCCCAUCGCAGAAGAAAAGAUAAUGGGCGUCGAGCGCCAUGUUGAGAAUACCGCGUCCGUCAAAGUUGAUGACGACACUGAGGACACUUUUCGCCCACCGUCUAUUGGCCUUGCAGUGUGGCAGAAGCUUCUCGGUGUCGGCGUGGAGCUACGAGGCCUCGAGCCCGUUCCCUUAGACAAGCGGACCGAUCGUCGCUACAUCAAUAUAUGCACGAUUUUGGCAGCUUCCAUGAUUAGUUUGUUGCCGCUUGGUAUUGGACUUGCACCCACUCUUGUGUAUGGGCUGUCAUUUUCACAUGCUGCGGCCAUGAUUAUCUGCCUGCAGUUUGUGCUUAUCAUCCCAUCUGCUUAUAUCGCCACCAUUGCUCCCAAGACAGGCAUGAGACAAAUGGUCCAAGCACGAUAUUCCUUUGGAAAGUACUUCAACGGAUUCAACUCGCUUCUAGUUACUCUUGGAAGCGCUGGUUUUGGAAUUAUUGCUUGUGUUCAAGGGUCCCAGGUUCUCACAUCUAUCAAUCCCGAGAGGCUCCCUAUUGCCGUCUCAAUCACCAUUAUGAUGUUGGUAUCGCUGUUCCUUAGUUUCAUGGGCUAUAGCGUUCUGCAUUUUUUCGCGCGCUGGGCCUGGACUGCCACCCUAUUCGCUAUCGUCGUUCUUACAGGCACAUCAGGAGACAAGCUAUACCAGCAGGCUCCACCUAGGGCACAAGGCGCUCCGCCUUAUAUGGGUAUGGUGGCAUUGGCAGCUGCUAACAUGUUAACUUGGGUCAACAUCAUUGGCGAUUAUGCUUCAUAUAUGGCACCAGAGGCUCCAUCUAUCCUUAUAAUGUGCUAUGUCGUCGCAGGCCUUGCUGUCCCUUUCUCCCUAUUGAUGCUUCUCGGAGCUGCGAUUGGAGGCGCUAUACCCGUUAUCCCGGCAUGGGCUGAGGCCUACAAGCUAGGCGGUAUUGGCGGUGUCAUUGGCCAUGUUCUCAUCGAGCGACUUGGUGGUUUUGGCAAGUUUAUCCUUGUCAUUCUAGCGUUCUCAGUUGUCACGACAUGUGCUCGGGAUCUCUAUACCGUCUCUUUCAACGUCCCCGCAAUUUUGCCACCUCUACGGGUAGUUCCCCGAAUCGUCUGGGCAAUAGUUGCCACUGGAGCGAUGAUCGGUGUUGCGAUCGCGGCUUCGGCGAGCUUCUUAGAGUCAAUGGCCUCCUUCCUUCACAUCUGUGGAUACACGGCAGGAACAAACGCUUGUAUAUACCUGGUUGAAUGGUUUUAUUUCCGAAAGGCAAACCCUGCUUCAAUGGAUCCCGCUAUCUGGGACGAUGCCAGGGCUUUGCCUUCUGGUAUCGCUGCAGCGGCCGCAACGUUCAUUCCCUGGGCGCUUAUUGUUCCAAGCAUGCAGUCUGCUUGGUAUACUGGACCUAUCGCUAAGAAAGCUGGAGAUUUGGGGUUUGAAUUUGCCGUGGUGGGUGCUCUGUUGGUGUAUGCUCCCGUAAGAGCGCUUGAGAUCAAGUACAGAGGACAUUUGUGA